GUUUCAGCCAAGACUGCCUUCCUGUUUAUCUUACCUCAGUAUAACGUUAGUGUGCCUACAGCAGAUGGGGAGCUGGUCCACUAUCACUAUGGGCUGAAGGAUCUGGUCACCAUCCUCUUCUACAUCUUCAUUGCCAUCAUCCUGCAUGCAGUGGUGCAGGAAUAUGCCCUGGACAAAAUCAACAGGCGUCUUCAUCUCUCCAAGGUCAAACACAGCAAGUUCAAUGAAUCGGGACAGCUGGUUGCCUUCCAUCUCACCUCCAUGAUUUGGUGCUUGUACGUCGUGGUGACGGAAGGAUACUUAUCAAACCCCCGGAGCUUGUGGGAAAACUACCCGCAUGUUUAUCUUCCGUUCCAGGUGAAGUUUUUCUACCUGUGCCAACUGGCGUACUGGCUGCACGCCCUGCCAGAACUCUACUUCCAAAAAGUUCGCAAGGAGGAGAUCCCUCGCCAGCUGCGGUGCAUCGCGCUCUACCUGGUGCACGUCGCCGGCGCCUACCUCCUCAACUUAACCCGCCUGGGGCUGAUCCUCUUGCUGUUGCAGUACUUGGCCGAAUUCUUCUUCCACAUGGCCCGGCUGGUCUACUUCACGGAUGAGAACAAUGAGAAGCUGUUUAACGUCUGGGCUGUCGUGUUCGUGGUCACCAGGCUCUUCACCCUCACCUUGUACAUCCUGGUCAUCGGCUUCGGGCUGCCACGGGUGGAGAACCAGGCCCUUGACCCUGAAAGAGGGAACUUGUUCAGCUUUCUCUUCAACAAUAUCCUCUUCAGAAUGAGUGUGCUGCUGUUGGUGUGCCUCUUCCAGGCCUCGGUGAUGUGGCGCUUCAUCCACUUCCAGCUGCGGCGCUGGCGGGAUACGCAGAGCAGUCGGAAACGAGCCGCUGCCGGCACCAAGCAGCAAGCCAAGCCGCUCAAGAGGGACUCUGGGUACCAUGAAAACGGAGUGGUGAAAGCAGAGAACGGCACCUCACCUCGAACCAAGAAGCUGAAAUCGCCAUAGAAGCAAAGGCUUGUCUCCUGGGGAGGAGGGCGAGAUACCAGGACUAAGAAGCAGCCCCUCCUCUCGGUCUACACGAGCAUCGCCUUGAACAGCUUGGAAACCGGUCAUCUUCCCAAGGUGUCUCUCACUCUCCUCCCUUCCUUUCUUGCUCUCUUGAACCAUUUGCAAUAAAACCAAAAAAGUCCCUUUCCCCUGCCCCCUUCCCCUCGUAGGAGCCUUUUCCAA